UUGACUUUAAAGAUAUAGAGAUGUGCAUAGAGAUACACAACAACAGGAGAACAAGGGGGAAUGGAGAUGGAGAUGGAAAUGGAAAUGGAUUUGUUCUCGUCCUUACCAGAAGGGUGCAUAUCUGCUAUUCUCUCCUUCACAUCUCCUCUAGACGUGUGCAGAUCAUCAACGCUUUCAUGGGGAUUCAAGUUAGCUUCUGAUUCAGACACCGUCUGGGAGAAAUUCCUACCGUCCGAUUAUCGAGAAAUCAUAUCCAGAUCGGCAUCUCCUGUAGUCUUCCACAGCAAGAAACAACUCUACUUCACCCUCUGCGACUCCCCUAUUCUCCUUGAUGGGGGCAAAAUGAGCUUUGCGGUAGAUAAGCAGAGUGGGAAAAAAUGUUUCAUGCUACCAGCCAGGCAACUUGGUAUCGCAUGGGGAGGUACUCCACGAUACUGGACAUGGAUCUCUUUACCUGAAUCAAGAUUCUUGGAGGUGGCCCAUCUUGUGGAAGUGUGUUGGUUUGACAUUGGAGGCAGAUUAAACACUCAAAUACUGUCCCCGGAGACCAACUAUGCAGCAUACUUUGUAUUCAAAAUUACAGAGCGAAAUUAUGGAUUUGAAUAUGCCCCAAUGAAGGCCUCAGUUACACUUGUUGGGGACAUAGAAGAUAAGACAAUUUAUUUGAAAUUGCAAACAAUACCGCUUGGUCCGCUUCCACGAAGGAGAAAGGAUGGGUGGAUGGAGAUUGAACUGGGAGAAUUUUUCAAUGAAAGAGACAAUGAUCGUGAAGUGGAGAUAAAAUUGAUGGAGAUCGAACACCUUAAUGGGAAGUCUGGCCUCAUUGUCGAGGGCAUUGAGCUUCGACCUAAAGUGGAUGCAUAGGUGAAAAAAAGACAGGCAUGUCUUUAUAUCUGUUAUGGUUAACAUGUUAAUGUGGUCUUGGUGUAAAAUGAAUAGAAAGAUCACUCUCCAUAGCUAUUGUUCAUCUUUUUUAUUGUACCUUUAUUUAUUUGGAUUUGGUUACAAUUUAACAGUUUGGCCAAGCAAUUUUACUGUGUUGUCAUUGGGAAGCAAAUCUGUAUGUACCACCACCAUUGAGUGGCCGCAAUAAAUAAAAUGGAGGGUUGAGCUGAUGA